CAUGUAGUAGUCUUUUCUAUGAGUAAUGCUACACCACUUCAAAUAACAAACAGGUAUUAUCACCUCCUCUAAUCUCCUCUUUCAGUUCCUUUAAGGAUUGAAAUGAAAUGAGGAACAGAACAAGUUAUUAAAGUGAUAGAAAAGAUUUGAUAUCUUUUUGAUUCAAUUUACAAACAUUACUGUCCAAAUUAAGCCUAACUCUUUUUUUUUAAGUUGUCAUAUGAUGUGAUUUCAAGUUUUCUUUUCUCUUUGGAGUGUUACGAGCUGAUUGUGCAUAGAUGAGAUCCCUGAAGUUGCAAAGACUAAAGUCUCAAAACCAAAGAGUUAUUCUUUAUAAAAGUUAAGACUCUGCUACGCCCCCCUAAAACGGCAGGGAGACGCUGUCUGUUUCUAUGCGAAAGAGAAAUGCCUUCCAAAAGUAGAUGCAUUUAGGAAUCAUUAAGACUACUUACAACAGAACAGCAACGCAUUUUAUGGAUGACCGUUUCGUGAACCUAGGAGAGGAGGUAAUUCUGACUCUGCUAUGACAAUCUGGGGCUUCUGAAUCAAAGACUGUAAGUAUGUUUUGUUAUUAGUUUAAGUAUUUGCUAUUGACUGCUCAAAUGCGGAGGUUUGCGCGCUGUGUAUGUGUGUGUGUGUGUGUGUGUGUGUGAGAGAGGGAGACACGGUCACACAAUCGCGGCUUGUGUGCAAACACAUACGAGCUUCAUCACUGUGUCUGUCAUGCGACUCUGUUCCUCUCUGGGGCUUGAACUGAUGGUAAAAAACUAAGGGCAUAACUGUCUUUACAUUUAUUUUCAAAGAUUUUUUGAAGAUUAAAGCAUGUCAACAUAUUCUGUUACACCAAAUAAUGAUCUUUAAAAAAAGCAUCAUAUGACCCCUUUAAAAUGUUUUGAAAUGAGCUUCUGUCAUUUUAGGUGAAAAAGGAAAUUAAAAAUAUGUAGAUCUAACUGAUUGGGUCCUUUUUUUUUUUUUUUUUUUUUUUACUUUAGAAAUAACACUUCUUUUAAUAGGAAGAGGAAAACAACCAAAAAUAUUCUUGCUGUAGGAGGUACUGUGUCAAAUAAGCUACACUUGCACUUUCUCUAACUAAUAUCUUUAUUUCAAAGUAAGGACAAAGGUGUUGCUGGGAUGUGGCUAUUUAGAAACCCCGAAAAACCUCCAUCUCUAGAGUUUGACAAACCCUGGAGGUCCUUGGACUGGAAUGAGGAUAAACAAAAUCUUCUGACAGCAAUAAACAUCUUCAAACCUAGGAACUCAGAAGUUGGCACUCUGAGAAUUCUUCUGCAUGGACCACAAGGUGCUGGAAAAUCAAGCUUUUUCAACUCUGUGAAUAAUGCUCUCCAGGGCCGCAUCACUACCAGGGCCCUGGCACAUGCAGUAGAAACUGAUCAAAGUUUCACUGUGAAGUGCAAAACAUAUAAAGUGAAGAAGGACAAUCCUGACUCCUACUUUCCUUUCAAUUUCACUGACACUGCCGGAAUGCACGAAAGUGGAGGAAUAAAGAUGGAUGACAUCAUCAAAUUGUUAAAUGGCCACAUCAACAGUGGUUAUAAUUUUAACCCGUUAAAACGAAUUACCGAAGAAGACCCGAAGUAUAACAAGAACCCCACUCUGAAAGACAGGAUUCACUGUCUGGUUGCUGUUCUUCCUGCUAACACUAUUUCUAUGAUGGAUGACAACAUAAUUAGGCAAAUGGCAGAUGUUCGUAAGGAAGCAAGAGACUUGGGCAUUCCUCAAGUCAUAAUCAUGACCAAGGUUGAUGAAUCAUGUCAACUAGUCAAAGAUGACCUUACAAGGAUCUACACAAGCAAAACAAUAAAACAGAAGAUGGAAGAGUGUUCUGUCAAGCUGGGAAUUCCUGUGAGCUGCAUUUAUCCUGUGAAGAACUACCAUGAGGAACGUAUCAGUGAUGACACAAUGGAUAUUCUGAUUUUAGAUGCAUUGAAGAGUAUUAUAAACUUUGCUGAUGACAAUGUGGAAGAUCAAGUAGACAGUGAUUAAGUGCGCCUUGAAUCUGUAAGAUUUUUUAAUUACAGGUUGUGUAGGAUGUUUUCCUGAUGGAGCAAUUUCUGCAUACAAUUAAAUACUAAUUAUAUAUGUAAAGUAUAUAAAACUAUGGUAGCCAAUUACAUUUGUUAGCGGUAGUUUAUAGUUGUAUAAUAGUACACUAUUUUAUCAUUAUUUAGUAGAAAGAUAAAGGUACGUAUAUAUUCUUUUAAUAAUAAUUAUGUAGCUCAUAAUCAGAGCUACAUAACUUUUUAUUCCUGUGUUCACCAAACCCAUCUCGAGUGUUUGCUGCUAAAAAGCUGAUUUUUUAGUUUCAUCUGACCAUAGAAGAGAGUCCCAUUUGAAGUUCCAGUCGUGUCUGAUAACUGAAUAUGCUGGAGUUUGUUUUUUGGAUGAGCGAGGAGAAUUUUUCUUGAAACCCUCCCAAACAACAUGUGGUGAUGUAGGUGCUGUUUGUCAAUAUUUUUUUAAGGUUUUCGAACCAGAGACUCAACUAUUUUCUGCAAUGCUCCAGCUGUGGUUCUUGGAAAGUCUUUAUACACUCAAACUCUCCUCCUCACCGUGCGUUAGGACGAUAUAGACACACGUCCUCUUCCAGGCAGUUUCCUAACAUUUUACGUUGAUUGGAAAUUCUUAAUUAUUGCCCUGAUGGUGGAAUGGAAUAGAAUUUAGACUGCUCUAAUAUGAAUAUGAAUGGGAACAUAAUUCAGAUAUUUUAGUCAUAAGAAUUUCUAUGGGUGCCAAUAAUUGUGUCCAACGUGUAUUUGAGAAAAACGUUUAUUUCAUAAUGAUAUUUCCUGCCAUUUUAAAUUCUUAUCCAAUAAAAGGUUAGAUUUUUGUGAAUUGUUUUUAAUUAAAGAUUAAAAGGAAUAACAAUGCAGAUUAAUUUUCCACAGCCUUCUUUGAUCAAAUUUACCAAGGGUGCCGGUAUUUUUGGCCAUGACUGUAUAUGUAUUUUAUUUCAUUAAGUCAUUGUUUUUGUUACAUUGUGUUAGUUUGGGUUUUUUGCAUUAUUCUUUUAGUAGAUUGUGCAAAUAAUUAUACAAUUAUUUGCAUUUAAAACUUUACAUUUAUGAAAAUGAUAUUUAGCUAACAGGAAAAUAAGGUUUAUGAAAUAAAUAUCACUUUCCUUUUCACAAUAAAAAAAUAAAUAAAAAAAAAUAACAUUUCAAUACCCAAAUUCAAAAUUAGGAUUCACUUAACAUUUGAUAAAAUCAAGAAUGUCAAACCUUAAUUGUUAAAGAGAGUUCUGUACAUGGUUUCUUCAUCCGGUGUCUAUUGUCAUUUCCCCAUUCUACUUAGUAUUCCCUUUGGUUUUGGUUAUUAAAAGUCUGUUUUUGAGUUAUCUCCUGCGUCUCCUCAUGAUACCUCACCAACGCCCAACACAAGGUACCACCGAGUUCUUCUAAGCUCCU